UCAAGUGCUGGCUGAAGUGAGAGGGGCAGGGUGCAGGCAGUGUGGGGUCCAGUCUUGCUCCUACAGCCCCAGCAUGAAUCCAUCUACAAAGAAGAGGCCCAAGAAUGGAAUGGUUUCCAAGGUCAGACUUUGUCUUGAAGCCCAAGCGCAUGAGAUGCAAGAUAAGAAACUGCAGGACAAGAUAAAUCAGCCUGCCAGCAAACUAAUUGAGCGGAACCGACUUAAAACGGUAUUAAAAAACUUGUCCCUCUUGAAGUUACUCAAGAGUUCAAAUGACCGGAUCCGAGAACUGCAUAGCCUGGCCAGAAGGUGCUGGAAUUUAAUAAUCAGAGUCCCAAAGAUUCUCCAAAUCUCCUCUGGGGACAACAACGUGAAAGUGAAACAAAAGGAUGAAGAGCUGCAAGACGUUCUGGCCCUGGUGAAGAAACCGGAGUCUAGGAAUGCAAAGCCCAUAGCGAAACCUAAUAAAAACACGUCAGAGGAGUGGGAGCCCACAGAAGGGUCAAAGGGGUCACCUGCAGCAGCGCCACAGAGAAAAAAGCAGGCAAAGCCUAAAGUCCCCAAGAUAUCAAAGAAUCAUGGCUUGCUUACCAGAGCCCAGAAGAGGAAACCACAUGUCAAGGAGCCCCGAAUUGUCUUCCUGAAGACCUACAAUCACAGAACUCCCAAGAUGAACAUGAAACCACUGGAUGAAACUGACCAGUUGGUCUGGUUUGAGGGGCUUCCCACACGUAUCCACCCCCCGGGGCGCCGGAUCAUGUGCAGAUCGUCUGCCUUACGCCGCGUCAAGCGCCCCUGUACCCGGUUCUGCUCUGUGUCACUUUGAGCUGCCUGUGUAGCAUCCAUAUGAGGUGGUGUAACCCUGGAAGGGAACUUGAAGCAUAAGAAGAGUAGAGAUCCUGCAAUCAGCUAAAGGGAGGGAAGAGCGGGAUUUUCAUGAGUUUACAAAUAAAAUCGCUCAUAUGCCACUGAACA